AUGUCUCCACACCAAUUGGUGUUUGAGAAGUCUUGUUAUCUACCAGUGGAGCUUGAACAUAAAGCACUUUGGGCUCUAAAGAUGCUAAACUUUGAUAAUCAAGCUGUUGGAGAAAAAAGAUUGUUGCAACUCAAUGAGUUAGAUGAAUUCAGAUCCCAAGCUUAUGAAAAUGCCAAGAUUUACAAGGAAAAAUCAAAGAAAUGGCAUGAUCAAAAGCUAGCAAGGAGAGAGUUUAGAAAAGGUCAAAAAGUGUUAUUCAAUAACUCAAGGCUCAAGUUCUUCCCAGGAAAACUAAAGUCAAGAUGGUCCACACCCUUCACAAUUCUUAAGGCUUCUCCUUAUGGUCAUGUGGAGCUUAUGGAGGAUAAGACACAAAGGACUUUCACUGUCAAUGGCCAUAGGCUUAAGCAUUACUUAGGAGACUCAUUGGAUGAGCAAAGAGUGAACUAUAACCUCAGCUAA